AACGAUUUAUACCGCAACCUACUGCGAAAUAAUUCUAAUAAAUUCUAUAAAUGCCACGGAAUGGCGUAUGAAAGGGGCUUCAAAAUUCUCUGGACGAUCCACUCAGACUGUGGGCCACCACAUCCGAAUCUUUCUUCCCUUCCCAAUAUUUUCUAUAUCGUGCGGUCAAAUACCUUACGUAGAAAACAGGGUGUCAUUAAAAACCAAUCAGAAUGCGGCACGUCCUAGUCAACACCCAUUUAAAACAUCACGUGCCGACCAUGCGGGGACCAUUGCUUACGCGUCAAAGCGGGAAAUGAUGAGAAUCUCCCAAUGUAAUGGUCUCAUCCGCAGCGGAUAGUAAAUCUGAGAGCCUUAAAUUCACCAAUGUCGACGUGUCAAGCGCCUGCCACGCCGUCUGCUGGACAAAGUUCACAAACAGUCAACCAUAAACAUUAAACCCUCAAAACCUCCCAGGUCCUAAAUUAGAAAAGAAAAACCAUUCAAAACUGUCACCGCCACCACCGUGCACCGCCACCAUCUGCCGUCAUGAGGCUCACUAGCUGGGCCCGAUCACCGUCACUAUCACCAUCGCCAUCUCCAACGCCAACGCCGACGCCAACUCCAUCACCGUCGCCAUCCGUCACUUCUUCUUCCUCCGUGACGUCAACACCGUCGCCGCCAGCAGUGCCAUCAAGGGUUCCAGUGGACUUCAGCCCACCGUUAAUCGCCAUGGUGGUAGUGGUGGCAGCGGCAUUUUUAGUUGUUACUUAUUCCCGUCUCAUAUCCCGCCGCCUUAUCCCGCCACUUGUCCGCCUCUUCAGAAUUUUUAGGCGGCGUCGCCGCCGCCGUCGUUACCUUCCUUCCACGACCACGGACCUUGACUCCCUCCCUCCAUCUGAUCCAUUCGAACUACCACUCUCUCCCUACGGGCUUGAUGACUCGGCCAUCAAAGGCCUCCCCCUGUCCCUUUACUCUUCAAAACUCAAGAUCAACAGCCCAAAGGAUUGUGCGGUUUGUUUGCUGGAAUUCGAGGACGAUGAAUACGUCCGUACACUACCCGUAUGCUCCCACGCUUUCCAUGUAGACUGCAUCGAUGUCUGGUUGAAAUCACACGCCAACUGCCCUCUCUGCCGCGCCGGAAUAUUCGCGGCAGAAUCACCAUUCAUUCCUUUGAUGGCGGCCCGAAUCCGACCUAGUCUCGAUGACCCUGUUUUACUGAGCACCAGUCUCGAUUCCCUUACGGAGACUCCUCUCCAAUCUCAUGGCAUCACCAUAACAGAGAUCACUGAAGAACCAUCCCCAAGAGUGGGAAAUGCUAAUCUCAGUACCAAUUGUGAGGAAAACAGAUUCAAUUUUGUAUUGAAAAGGUCAUAUUCUUUUGGGUUCGAGAGGAAUUUGGCGGCAGAGAGGAUGCUAACGGAGCCAAACACGGCUUCCCCAUGGAGAUACCGGAGAGGGACGAGUGGGUUCUGGAGCAAGCGUCCAUCGCCGUUCGGAUCAUUGAUGGCAAAGCCGAGAGUUUUCUCAUUCAGGUACUACAGGGGAAUGAAGACAUCACCGUUUUUCCGACGGAGGGGGUUCUUCCCGCUAUCAGAAAGAUUCUCCGGCGGUGGAUCGUCGAGACGGAGCAAGUCCAUGACGAGCCCGAUGUUCCUUAGAUCGGCAGCGUCAGGCGUGGCGGCUUUCUCGUCGAGCCGGCUGAGGUGUGGGGAUCCCGAGGCGUUGCUGUCACCGGAGAGAUUCAACAGAAGAUAAGAAAAAAAAAAGAGAUUUUUUUUAGAAAAAUGGGAUGACACGUGGAAGGACAAGAUCAGAGGAGUGGAGAGGAACGGACGGUGGAGAAGGAAGAGGGGUCCGACGAAAUUAAUGAGGAGCAUGCGAGGGAAAGCGCGGCAUUAAUGGAGGUGGGGAGAGGCAUUAAAUGAAAAAAUUGACGAGAGAGAGAGACACAGCUUUCGCAGCGGUUCAUAAAUGUGCGACUUUUGGGGUUUGGGUCUCUUUAUUAGGUCAAUUUGUUCUUUUGGUUUAAUAGGCUGGGGUAUUCGGCAGGGUCCAUCUUGAGUAAGCCGUAAGGGCAUGGGCUCCUCCUUUAUAUUCAUUCAAUUCAUGAGAAAGAAGAGGCAGUCCAUUUGAGUUUUUGACACAUUUUUCUAAACUAUGAUUUUGGUAUGUUGUGUUAUAAUCUGGGGCAACUUUUCGUUUUUUUGUCACUGUAGAUCCCUAAUGAGGAGACGGGAGUGGGGACUUCGAAGGUCUCAAUUAUUUUGUUUUCAAUGGAAUAUGUGCAGGAGAAUGCUAGUUGCGCUUGGCACCAAUUAAUGUGUGUAAUUUUU